AUGUCUUUUGAUUUAGAGAGUAAUAGUAGUGGUGGUAGUACAAUUGGUAGGAACUCAUCAAUUAGAUUAAGUAGUGGAUUAGCACCAUCAGAAAGUACUGUAUCAUUAAAUGAAAUCAUAGAUUUAGAUAGAGAGUUUGAAUUACUCUUGGAUAAAUUAGCAAUUGAAGAUCCAAUAAAGAGAAAACAAAUGCAAAGUUUACCAGAUAUAUCAAAACGUACAUUAUUAGAACAAAACAAAGCGGAUAUCUACAGAACAGUUAAACACAAAGGACCAAUUGAAUCAUUUGCAGAUGUUAAAUCAGUAAUCAGUUCAAUCAAUACUAAACAUGUUCCAAUUGAUAUCAUUAAAACAUUACGUAUUCAUUUAAACACUGCAGAUAGAGAUUGGAUUCAAUCAUUUUUAGAUAACGAUGGUGUUCAACCAAUUUUAAAUAUUUUAAAGAGACUCGAAAGAAAUAAAAACCGAAAAAGAAAAGAGCAUUCAAUUUUACAAUGGGAAUGUACAAGAUGUAUUGCAGCAUUAAUGAAAAUUAAAAUUGGUAUGGAAUAUAUUGCAUCAUUUCCUCAAACUACAAAUCUUAUGGUAUUAUGUUUGGAUACCCCAUUAAUUAAAGCUAAAACUUUGGUUUUAGAACUUUUAGCAGCAAUUGCAGUUACUGAUAGAGGUCAUGGCGCCGUUUUAACUUCAAUGAUUUAUCAUAAAGAAGUUAAAAAAGAAAUAACUAGAUAUUUUAAUUUAGUACAAUCAUUAAAAAUAGAGAAAAAUGCUGAAUAUUUAACAACUUGUAUGUCAUUUAUCAAUUGUAUUAUUUCAUCACCAAGUGAUUUACCAUCACGUAUUGAAAUUAGAAAAGCAUUUUUAAAUUUAAAGAUUUUAAAAUAUAUUGAAAAUUUAAGAGCAGAUUAUAAUGAAGAUAAAAAUUUAUUAACACAAUUAGAUGUGUUUGAAGAAGAGUUAUCAACAGAUGAACAAUUAAAUUCACAACAAGGUACACAAAUUGGUAUUGAAGAUUUAUUUUCACAAAUUUCAUCGCGUGUAACUGGUACACCAUCACAACAAGAAUUGAUAACAUUGAUGACUCAUUUCCAACGUAUGAGUUCAUCAAAUUUAGGUUUAGGUGUUUGGACACUCUAUAAUGCAUUAGCAAAUCAAUUGGAAGAUGAAUUGAAAAUUCAUCCAGAUUUAGAUGUUACCUUGGUGUCAUUGUUAUUCCCUGAAGUAAAGAAAUCAAGUAGUGGUCUUUUUGGAUUUGGUUCUAAAUCCAAAUCACCAUCAUCCUCACCAGCAUUAUCUUCAAUGGCAAAGACUGAACUUAAAAAAGAUAAUGAAGAGAAACAAAAAACAAUUGAACAUUUACUUAAACAAUUGAAUAAAUUCUCUGGUGGUCAAAAUACUGAAAGAUGGAUGAUUGAAAGAGAAGAAAAGAAUAAAUUAAUCGCUCAAUUAAUGGCACAAACAAAGAAUGGUGGUGGUGGAGGAGGCGGCGGCGUUGGUGGUGAUUCAAGCUUAUCUAAUGACGAAGCAUUAAAGAGAGAGAAUCAAUUAUUAAGAAUGGAAAUUGAAAAUAUAAAGAAUAAUCCAUCAGUUUUAUUGAAUAGUGGUAAUAGUAUUAAUGGUGAUGUUCCAAAUCUUUUCAUUAGUUCACCUGGUUCAACACUUUCACCAAGUCCAUCUGGUGAACCACCAAUACCAUCAACUGAUUUUGGUAUUACAUCAUCAUCAAUUCAUACUAGCACUGAUAAAUUAACAAAUUCAACUGAACCAAUUUUAGGUUCACCACCUCCACCACCACCACCACCAAUGUCAGGAGGAGGAGGACCACCACCACCACCACCUCCACCUGGUGGAAAGAGUAAUAAACCUGCUAAACCAAUUAUUAAACCAUCAGUUAAGAUGAGAAAUUUCAAUUGGAUUACAAUUCCAGCACUUAAAGUUCAAGGUACAUUUUGGGAUAAAUUGGAUGAAACAUCAUUCAUUCAAUCAUUGGAUAAGGUGGAAUUAGAGAGUUUAUUUAGUGCCAAAGCACCAACAGUAAAGGUAGAAAGUAAACAAUUAACAAGAAAAGUGGUUGUUACAGUUAUCGAUAUGAAGAAAGCAAAUAAUUGUGCCAUUAUGUUACAACAUUUCAAGAUACCAAAUGAACAAUUGAAAAAGAUGCAAAUUAUGCUCGAUGAAAAACAUUUCUCCCAAGAGAAUGCUAUCUACCUCUUACAAUUUGCACCAACCAAAGAGGAUAUCGAGGCUAUUAAAGAGUAUCAAGGUGACCAAAUGCAAUUGGGCGCCGCCGAGCAAUAUAUGCUCACAGUUAUGGAUAUUCCAAAACUUGAUUCACGUUUAAAAGCAUUCAUUUUCAAACAAAAAUUCGAAGGUCUCGUCGAAGAUUUAGUACCUGAUAUCAAAGCAAUCAAAGCAGCCUCAUUGGAAUUGAAAAAGAGUAAGAGAUUAAGUGACAUUUUGAAAUUCAUCUUAGCAAUUGGUAAUUAUGUCAAUGGUUCAACCACUCGUGGUGGUGCAUUUGGUUUCAAGGUGUUGGAAACUUUACCAAAGAUGAGAGAUGCUCGUAGUAACGAUAACAAACUUUCACUCUUACAUUUCUUGGCUAAAACUCUUCAAGAUCGUAUUCCAGAGAUUUGGAAUAUUGGUGCAGAGUUACCACAUAUCGAACAUGCUUCAGAGGUAAGUUUAAAUAAUAUCAUCAGUGAUAGUAGUGAAAUUAAACGUUCCAUCGAUUUGAUUGAACGUGAUUUCGUACCAAUGAUCAAUGAUCCAUUGUUUGCUCAUGAUAAACAUUGGAUUCACAAAAUCACCGAGUUCCAAAAGAUCGCCAAAGUACAAUAUCAAAGAAUUGAAAAGGAAAUCGAUGAAAUGAAUAAAGCUUUCGAAGAAAUCACCUCUUACUUUGGUGAACCAAAAUCAACUCAACCCGAUGUUUUCUUUUCGACAAUUAAUAACUUUUUAGAAGACCUUGAAAAAGCCUACGGUGAAUAUCAAGCUAUGAUUAGAAAGGCUGAAUUGGAAAAUUCAAAAAUGGAAGAUCCAGAAAAAGGUGGUCUUCAAGAUCUUUCCUCUCAAAUUAGAUCUGGUCAAUUAUUCAAAGAUAGAAGAGUUGGUGAUUCUGUCAUUGCUCAAAUGCAAAAUGUUGAUAGUUUAAGAAAAAAUUUAAAAUCAACUUCAACCACAACUCCAAAUACUCCACCAACUAUUAAAAUUGAAUUACCUUCUCAAUCAAUUUUAAAACCAUCAGGCCAAUUAAAAAAAUAA